GUAAAAACAAUUGUUUCACGUUUUUUUCAGAAUUCAACCCCUAAAAGUUGAAAAUGGGGUGACAAAGUCUCAAAAUCUACAUGGGCAUUGUUUGUAUGGUUUAUCAGGAUGCUGAUUACGAAAAAAACAACGAUUUUAAUAUUCAACGUGGAGGACGUGAAAUACCAACUUAAGGGUUCCAUUUUUCCAUUUUAAGAUAUGUAACGAGACUAUACUGUUAUCGCCGAAGAGAUUAAGGAUCCCGCCCACCCUAAUAUUUUUUACCCUAGAAUCCUAGAUAUCUAUGAAACUUCGUCAAUGCGGUCUCUUAUUCUCUAAAAUAUAUGAGCAUCGAACCGACGAUCGGCAGCGGCGGGGCGUGAUGAAGAGAGGGAUUACCUCUCACUUUUUUUACUACGCUCUAAACUGUGUGCGGACUGGCUAAUCGUACUAAGGGAAAAUGAAUAAAAUAGAUUCAUACCUAGCAUUUUUAAAAACUAUACGUUAAUGAUAAUAAUUAGACAUUAAUUUAUUUCUUUAGAUAAGAAAGUAUGAAAAAACAUUAACAUAAUCGUUCCCGACAUUUUGCAUUAUAAUGCUAUUAAAAUGUCAUCAACUUUAAUAUUGCUAACUAAGAUAAGUACUUUCAGGGUGAAUGUAAUAGUAAUUGAAAUUCAUUAAAAUCUAAAGGAUUGCCUUAUCCUUAAGUUUACUAGACAGCAAAAUAUGUUUAUAUAAUUCAUUGGAACAUGUUCCACAAAUAUGGACGAAGUUGUAAGUACGAUUGCCACAGACAUAGAAACGCCGAAUUUAAAUGCGCUGAGUGCGACCUUCCAAAGCUGCUUCCAAACCACUUUAUCCAGCAAAAUGCAGCAGUAGUUUUUCGUACACAGAAAUUGAUGAACUUUCAAAUGAGCAUUGUUUUGAGGAGGUCGAUGAUACUAUAUACCGCAUUUUUGGGGAGCCAUGCUGUUGCCAAUAUUAAGGCCAGUCCUGAGGGCUUGCAGUACUGCAUUUUUGCGUAGUCCUAUCCUCUGUUUCGAGGAACAAGCGAAACCUGAGAGUCUUUACAUUUCUAGAAACCGUAUUUUUAUUGAUUAAAUUAAAAUUUCUAAUAGUGUCGCCAGGUUUUUUCCAUGGCAGCAUCUUCAUUUCGCGUUCUCCUAUUAAUGACGUGUCCGUGUUUUAAUUAUACCUAUAUAGUAUAUGUUAUAUCAUCUGUAAGUUAUAUCAUAGUAGGUUUAGUGUCGAGAGCUCUCGUACUAAUUCAUAAAAGACAAAAAAAAUGUGAAGAGAUUUUUUAGUUAUGAAAUCUGCAAAACUACAAAUCGCAAUGACAUAAACCUCUGAUACUUACCUACAAAAAUUAAAUGUGUCUAGUAACUCAACAAUGUUGCAGAAUAUUUAUCUCAAUAAUUUCAAUUUCUUUUCCUUUGUUAACAUGAUAACCUAUAGAUGCACUUACUCCCUGUAAACAUAGUGCUGUGUUUAGUAUAAAAGGGGUAUGUAACUAUGGAAUAUCACAGUUGAGAUCCCGACGGGUCGGCUGCAGCAUGAGGGCAAUCGUUUUACUGGUAUUGGGCUUUGCGGCGAUAGCCGCGGCCCGUCUAGUGGAUGACAACACACUAGUUUCCUUGGAUAUCAAACAAAGACAAAUAUUCAUCCUUAAGCUAUUAAACCAUGUUACGGAACCGGUUAUGUAUAAGGAAGUUGAAGAAAUCGGUAGGAACUACAACAUUGAAGAAAACAUUAGCGCUUACACUAAAACAGAUGUUGUGAAAUCGUUUGUCAACAACCUCAAGUUUGGCACACUACCUCGUGGAGAGGUCUUCACUAUUCACGUAGACCGACAGCUUAAAGAAGUAAUAACAAUGUUCCACAUGCUCUAUUAUGCUAAAGAUUUCGUCACUUUCAUCAAGACCGCAUCCUGGAUGCGUUUGUACCUGAACGAAGGCAUGUUUGUCUACGCCCUCACUGUAGCCGUCAGACACCGGGAAGACUGCAAGGGUAUAAUUCUACCCCCACCCUACGAAAUAUAUCCAUACUACUUCGUUCGCGCUGAUGUCAUCCAAAAGGCUUACUUGCUCAAAAUGAAGAGGGGCCUUCUAGAUCAGAAACUCUGCGAUUUCUACGGAAUCAGAAGGUCUGAGAAAGACAUCCUGAUCAUAGAUGAAAACAUUUAUGAUAAACGAGUUGCCCUUAACGAUAACGACAAACUCAGAUACUUCACUGAAGAUAUCGACCUUAACACCUAUUAUUACUACUUCCAUGUGGACUAUCCAUUCUGGAUGAAAGAUGAAGUAUUCGAUAAACUCAGAUUCAGACGUUUCGAGCUUACCCUGUACAUGUACCAGCAAAUACUUGCACGAUACUAUUUGGAGCGCUUGUCUAAUGGUUUGGGCGAAAUCAAGUCUUUGUCAUUGCGUAAACCUAUUCAGAACGGUUACAAUCCGUGGUUGGUGACCCAUAAUGGUGUCCAGUUGCCGAUGAGACCCAACAACUAUGUUACGUUACGAGAUGAUAAUAAUGCUUACGUCCGGUUUGCUGAAACAUACGAACAGAUCAUUCAGGAUGCUAUUAUCAAGGGAUUCAUAGAAAUCAAUGGUGUAAGAUUGGAAUUGACUAAGGUUGAAGACGUAGAAACACUCGGAAAACUCAUCUAUGGCAAGAUUGAUAAAAGCAUAGACAAGGUGCAGGUUGAUGCUUACCGUUACUUGCUCAUCAUCAUUAAGGCUGUUCUUGGUCCACAAAAUCUUUUCACCAGUGACAAAUACUUUGUGAAUCCGUCCAUUCUAGAUAAUUACCAGACUGCUCUGCGUGACCCAGUAUUUUAUCAGCUUCAGAAGCGUCUUGUCGGAUUAGUGCGCCUGUUUAAACGGCGAUUACCAUGCUACAAUAGAGAUGACCUGUAUUUCCCUGGUGUGAAGGUCGACAACGUGGUCAGCGACAAGCUGGUUACUUACUUUGAUGACUAUUUGAUGGACAUGACUAAUGCUGUUAUUCUGAGUGAAGAUGAACUAAAGAAGACCUCUUCAGAUUUGAAAUUCCUUGUACGCAAGCGUCGCCUUAAUCAUCAGCCAUUCAAAGUCAGCAUUGACGUUCUAUCGGACAAAGCCGUAGACAGUGUUGUCAGAAUAUUCUUGGGACCGAAAUACGAUCACCUAAACCGAUUGAUCGACAUCAACCAGAAUCGUAUAAAUUUCGUAGAACUCGACAGUUUCAUUUACAAAUUAUCAACUGGAAAAAACACGAUCAUCAGAAACUCGUUGGAGAUGCAUAACCUUGUCCGUGAUAGGAUAUUCACACGUGAUUUGUGGAAGAAGGUUGAUACCAUCACCGAUUUCAGGGACCUCCUAGUUAAGGAUCUUAGGAACUACCAUACCGGCUUCCCAACAAGAUUGCUCCUUCCUAGAGGCACAGUCGGCGGUUUGAAGAUGUGGUUGUACGUCAUUGUGACACCAUUGAAGUUAGUAGACAAUGUGGACCUAAACAUCUUGGACGUAAACAGCAAAGAAUUAGUGGUAGAUUUCAGAUCGACAACUUUGCUGGACAAGAGGCCUCUUGGCUUCCCGUUCGAUCGUCAUAUUGACUUAGCCAAGUUCUAUACGCCUAACAUGAAAUUUAUUGAUGUGACUAUCUUCCAUAAGAAACAGGUGUGUGACAUGAGAACUCGUUGGGAUAGAUAUGUCUUGAGACAGUACAAUAUGAUCACGGAUAAAAACGCUUUCGAUGAAGCGUAUUUCGUAGAUACUGAUCUCAACAAAGCGGCUGUAGACCGUGAUGUCACCCUUUGAUGUAUGAGCAUGAUGGAAUAAUUGAAUAGAUUGAUUAAGCGAUGACUGAAUUUAUUAAAAUAGCAAUACAGAAAAUGUAAAAAAUAAAAGUAAACAAGUAGUUACAGACUUUUCUUUACGGUCACAUAGAACUAGUUUUAUAUAAAUACGAGCAGCCGCCC